AUGGCUCCUCCUAGCGUUUUAAUGGUCGGCACCGGUGAAUACACCACCGGGUUUGUCGGUGGUGGUGCAUCUGGCUCAGACAAGAAGGUCGGCGUGGUAGGCCUUACACUCUUUGACCUGCGCCGACGAGGCAAGGUGGGUGAUCUGAGCAUGGUGGGCGUAUCGGGAAAGAAGUUCCCCGGUAUCCGUGACCAUCUGCACCGCAAUAUCUCCCAAGUCUAUAACAACCUGGACACCUCCUUCACCUCGUUCCCAGCGGACGACCAGACCGAUCCCGACGCCUACAAGACCGCCAUCGAUGCUCUUCCUCGUGGCUCUGCCAUCACAAUCUUCACCCCCGACUCAACCCACUACCCAAUUGCCCUAUACGCCAUUGAGCGUGGCCACCACGUGUUGAUCACCAAGCCAGCCACCCAGCGCCUGGGAGACCACCUCGCUCUGGUUGAGGCCGCGCGUAAGAAUGGCGUCUUCGUCUUCAUCGAACACCACAAGCGCUUUGACCCGGCUUACUCUGACGCGCGAGCCAAAGCCAAGAGUCUGGGUGAUUUCAAUUACUUCUACAGCUAUAUGAGCCAGCCGAAGAGCCAGCUCGAGACCUUCAAGGCCUGGGCGGGCCGUGAUUCGGACAUUUCUUACUACCUUAACUCUCACCACAUCGAUGUCUGCGAGAGCAUGGUGCCCGACUACAAGCCCGUGCGGGUCACGGCUUCUGCAUCGCAGGGUACCGCUGCGGCUCUGGGAUGUGUUCCCGAGACUGAGGAUACUAUCACCCUUCUGGUUGAAUGGCGCCGCCGUGAUGACCCCGCGAAAAUUGCCACCGGUGUCUAUACCGCUAGCUGGACAGCCCCUCAGAAUGCGGGCGUUCACUCCAACCAAUACUUCCAUUAUAUGGCGGCCAACGGUGAGAUUCGCGUGAACCAGGCCAAGCGGGGCUACGAAGUGACUGGUGACGAUCAGGGUCUGGUCCACUUCAAUCCAUUCUACAUGCGCUAUGCCCCCGAUGAGGAAGGGAACUUUAGCGGGCAGACCGGAUACGGCUACAUUAGUUUCGAGAAGUUUAUCGACGCUGUCACCAGUGUCAAUGAGGGACGAGUAACUCUCGACCAGCUCGAUGCCCGCCCGCUGCCUACUCUGCGGAAUACGAUUGCCACCACUGCGAUUCUGGAUGCCGGUCGUAAGUCUCUUGAUGAAAGGCGACCUGUGGAAAUUAUUUCCGAGGGCGAUAAAUGGGAACUCCAGUGA